UUUGACUUUCGUUUGACAAUAAAAGUGCGAAAAACGUAGCGGGGUAUAGUAAAACUAUAAUAAUAACUGAAAUAUUAUAUUUUGAUGAAUAUUCUUCAAUUCUAAGUGUUGAUAAUUGAAAUUCGCGUCAUGUCUUACAAUAAAUAUAAUUCCCGCAAUUCCGGCCGUUUUAACACGACGGGACAGUUUGUGGCUGCUGGAGACGGCAGCUACGGCGGCUCCCCGGCGCAGCCGCGCACUUUGCAACCCGUGCAGUACAACAAACCGCAAAUUCCGGUGGUAAAUAAUAGCCCAGCACAGAAUUACUCUACAUUCCAAAGCCCGUCCCCUGCGCCGCCACCGCCGCCACCGAAAACAGCAGUGAGCCCGGCCGCUACCGACGUGGACAUGAAGGUGGAGCAAAGCGACUCCGCCGAGGACAACCGGCCGCCGUGGAUGAAGGCGAGGUUGCUGGGAGUGAAGAAGAUCUCCAACAAGGAGCGGCGCCGGCGCCAGAACGAGAACCUGCGCAAGCUGCUCACGCCCAAGAGCGCGCUCAUGGUGCUCAACGAGAUCAUGCCCAAGGAGCAGGUGUCCAACCAAUUCCACGUGGAGAACGUGGGCCACUCGGGCCACCAGUACUACCGGACUAACGCUGCGCAGAGCUUCUGCGCAGACCUCACGCUGGAUGGCAACAGCUACAAGGGAUACGGCGAGACCAAGCUGACGGCGCGCAACGCGGCGGCCGAGCAGGCGGUGCGCGACCUCAUCCUGCGCAAGAUGGCCAGGGUGCUGCUGCCCGAGCCCGCCGAGCCCGCCGAGCCCGCGGCGGGCGGCGAGGCGGGCGCGGAGGCGGAGGCGCCGGACGCCGAGGCGGAGGAGGAGACUCUGCCCAUGAUCCAGCUGGCGUCGUUCGCGCUGCACAAGCUGUUCUCCGAGUGGGAGUACGAGGGCCACCGCGUGCCGCAACUGCGCACACCCAACCCCUCCGUGUCGGAGACGGCGUCGGAGGCGGAGGCGGGCGCGGCGCCGCCCAAGGCCAAGGCGCCCAAGCCGCGCGCGCUGCCCGACAACGCGGCCAGCAUGCACCCGUCCAUGCUGCUGGCCUACAUGCGGCCGCAGCUGGAGUACCGCGAGCUGGGCGUGCAGGGCGGGCGCCCGCCGCACACGCUGUUCACCAUGGGCAUCGACGUGGACGGCACCACCUACACGGGCACGGCCAGCAACAAGAAGGAGGCCCGCAAGCAGGCCGCGCGCGCCGCCUGCACCGCGCUGUUCGGCGUCACGUUCGACGCCGUGUAGGCCGCUCCGCGCCGCGCCCCGACUCCUGCGUCGCCACUUGCGACCUACUGUUUGCCGCGCACCGACCGUGACGCCCCGGCAUACGCGCCGUGCCGCUGGCUGUAGCACUUCCUGGGGCGGCUAAAGCUACAUUACGACACGACAAACAUGGCUUACAUCAAUGGAUUAUGACACUUUGUCAUACAGAACUGUUACAUGAAGUGCAUUUUCCGAAGUACAAUAUGACGCCUUUACAUUCGUAUAGAAUGCCAACUCUAACAUGUAGCAAUAUGCGUUAAGACUGUUGGGAUUCAAAUGUAAUAGAGAAUCAGGGCCCAUUAUUAAAGUCGUUUUGACUUUUAAUGUAUUUAGUAUCAAGUCUCUUAGCGCGUUCAAUCAACAUGGAGCUUUGCAGCGCUGAGCUUACUGACUGUAAAAUGUCCAGAGGUCAAUUUUAUAAGAAAGAAACUAUACAUUUCAAUUUGGUUUACCAGUGGGAAUAAAUAUGGCAUAAUCAAAAACAAUAGGUUUAGUUUUUUAUAAUACAUAAUAUUUCUUAUUUUAGCCCAUGAAAGGGAAGUUAAAUUUUUUGCCUAUGCCAGUUGCAGUGUCUGACACCACAAUAAAUGUUUCAUAUAAAAAAUAAAGCAUUUAAUUCAGCACACUAGAUUUUCUGGAAGUUUUAAACAAACAUGUCUGAUACCAAACAUAUACAACGUGUAAAAGAAUUACGAAAUAAUAUUGAAGGACGCAUAAGUAUAUUUCAUAAGGAGUCGUCUUGUAAAAAUAUUAAAUCAAAAG